CGGGACGCUCGGAGCCGCGCCGAACUGCGCAGGGCGGUCAGGGGAGUCACACCCCAUGGGUUUGUGUGGUAAAUGAACUUCUUGGCAUAGAAGGGAAUUAAAAAAUGAUGGCUUCAUUCCAGCGCUCCAAUAGUCAUGACAAAGUAAGGAAAAUAGUUGCAGAGGAGGGUCGUACAGCAAGAAACCUAAUAGCUUGGAGUGUUCCUCUAGAAAGCAAAGAUGAUGAUGGAAAAUCUAAAUGUCAAACUGGUGGAAAAUCAAAGAGGACAAUUCAAGGCACUCAUAAAACGACAAAACAGAACACUACAGUAGACUGUAAAAUAACGUCAUCUACAACUGGAGAUAAACACUUUGAUAAAAGUCCCACUAAAACAAGGCACCCUCGGAAAAUUGAUCUAAGAGCUCGAUACUGGGCAUUUCUUUUUGACAAUCUUCGCCGGGCAGUAGAUGAAAUCUAUGUAACUUGUGAAUCAGAUCAGAGUGUGGUGGAAUGUAAGGAGGUGUUAAUGAUGCUGGAUAACUAUGUAAGAGAUUUCAAAGCAUUGAUUGACUGGAUUCAACUUCAGGAAAAGCUAGAGAAGACAGAUGCUCAAAGCAGACCAACUUCAUUGGCAUGGGAAGUAAAGAAGAUGUCCCCAGGACGUCAUGUGAUUCCAAGUCCGUCAACAGAUAGAAUAAGUGUAACGUCAAGUGCUCGAAGAAGCUUAAAUUUUGGGGGUUCACCUGGCACAGUGGCUGCUCCACGUCUGGCUCCCACAGGUGUCAGUUGGGCUGACAAGGUAAAGGCUCAUCAUACAGGUUCUACUGCUUCUUCGGAUGUAACACCUGCCCAAUCUUGCCCACCAAUGACAGUGCAGAAGCCUUCCCGCAAAAAUGAACGGAAAGAUGCUGAAGGAUGGGAAACUGUUCAGAGAGGAAGGCCUGUUCGUUCACGAUCAACAGCAGUGAUGCCAAAAGUUUCAUUACCAACAGAAGCAUUAAGGUCGAAGGAUGACAGUGAUAAAGAAAAUGUAUGUCUUUUACCUGACAAAAGUAUUCAGAAAGGUGAAUUUGUUGGAGGUGGACCUUCUAAUACUAUAGAAUCUCAGCUCAAAGACUCAUUACACUCAUGUGAUCAUCCUCUUGCAGAGAGAACCCAGUUCACAGUGAGUACACUGGAUGAUGUCAAGAACUCUGGCAGUAGUUUCUUACAAGACAAUUCUGUGCAAACUUCUGAAAUACCUGCCGUUCACAUUGAUACAGAGGGUGUUUCAGUUACUCAGCAAGCUGACACACCUUUGCAAGCAAGUGAAGACAAAUUUUCAGAAGAGAAAGCAAGAAUAGAAAGUGAAAUGGAUCCUUCAGAUAUUUCAAAUUCUAUGGCAGAAGUUCUUGCUAAAAAGGAAGAGCUAGCAGAUCGUCUAGAAAAGGCCAAUGAAGAAGCCAUUGCUAGUGCUAUUGCUGAAGAGGAACAGUUAACUAGAGAAAUUGAAGCUGAAGAAAACAAUGAUAUCAAUAUUGAAACUGACAACGACAGUGAUUUUUCUGCCAGCAUGGGCAGUGGAAGUGUAUCUUUCUGUGGUAUGUCUAUGGAUUGGAAUGAUGUCCUGGCAGAUUAUGAAGCUCGUGAAUCUUGGCGCCAAAAUACAUCCUGGGGGGAUAUUGUAGAGGAGGAACCUGCUAGACCUCCAGGACAUGGAAUUCACAUGCAUGAAAAACUUUCCUCACCAUCUCGUAAAAGAACAAUUGCAGAAUCUAAGAAGAAACAUGAAGAAAAACAAAUGAAAGCACAGCAGCUAAGGGAAAAGUUACGUGAAGAGAAAACAUUAAAGCUUCAGAAAUUGUUAGAAAGGGAGAAAGAUGUCCGGAAGUGGAAAGAAGAGUUACUAGACCAACGACGUAGGAUGAUGGAAGAGAAAUUACUUCAUGCUGAAUUUAAACGAGAGGUGCAGUUACAAGCAAUUGUUAAAAAAGCACAAGAGGAAGAAGCUAAGGUAAACGAAAUUGCCUUUAUAAAUACCCUCGAAGCCCAGAACAAACGCCAUGAUGUUUUAUCAAAAUUGAAGGAAUAUGAGCAGAGGCUUAAUGAGUUACAGGAAGAGCGUCAGCGAAGACAGGAAGAAAAGCAAGCACGUGAUGAAGCUGUUCAGGAACGUAAGAGAGCUCUAGAAGCAGAACGGCAGGCCCGUGUAGAAGAAUUGUUAAUGAAGAGGAAAGAACAAGAAGCCCGAAUUGAGCAACAGAGGCAAGAAAAGGAAAAGGCCCGUGAAGAUGCUGCCCGGGAAAGAGCUAGAGACAGGGAAGAACGAUUGGCAGCACUCACAGCUGCUCAACAAGAAGCUAUGGAAGAGCUACAGAAAAAAAUUCAGCUCAAGCAUGAUGAAAGCAUUAGAAGGCACAUGGAACAGAUUGAACAAAGAAAAGAAAAAGCUGCUGAGUUAAGCAGUGGACGACAUGCAAAUACUGAUUAUGCCCCCAAAUUGACCCCUUAUGAAAGAAAGAAGCAGUGUUCUCUCUGCAAUGUCCCGAUCUCUUCAGAGGUGUAUCUUUUUAGCCACAUUAAAGGAAAAAAACACCAACAAGCUGUGAGAGAAAAUAGCAGCAUCCAAGGGCGUGAACUUUCAGAUGAGGAAGUGGAGCACCUUUCCUUAAAGAAGUAUAUUAUUGACAUUGUGGUUGAAAGUGCAGCUCCACCAGAGCCUUUGAAAGAUGGAGAAGAGCGGCAAAAAAACAAAAAAAAAGCCAAAAAGAUAAAAGCCCGGAUGAACUUCAGGGCCAAGGAAUACGAGAGUUUAUUGGAAACAAAAAAUUCUGGCUCAGACUCACCCUAUAAAGCGAAGCUUCAGCGAUUAGCCAAAGAUCUUCUAAAACAACUACAAGUACAAGACAGUGGCUCAUGGGCAAACAAUAAGGUUUCUGCUUUAGAUCGUACCCUUGGUGAGGUUGCUAGAAUAUUGGAAAAAGAGAAUGUGGCAGAUCAGAUUGCAUUUCAAGUUGCUGGUGGAUUAACAGCCCUUGAACACAUUCUUCAAGUAGUGGUCCCAGUCACAAAUGUGAACACAGUUUCACGAAUUCCUCCUAAGUCUCUCUGCAAUGCAAUCAAUGUUUACAACCUCACCUGCAAUAACUGUUCAGAAAACUGCACUGAUGUUCUGUUUAGUAACAAGAUUACCUUCUUAAUGGACCUCCUCAUACACCAGUUGACGGCAAGAAUAUGUUAUACUAGGCAUCACAAGGAAUGCAGAGACAAUACGGUGUGGAGCUUGCUCUCAAGAACAUUAUCGUCUAGCACGAAGGUUUAUGUUCCAGAUGAAAAUAAUGCUAUUUUGGGAAGAAAUACAAAUAAGCAAGUUUUCGAAGGCUUGACAACUGGACUCCUCAAAGUCAGUGCUGUGGUUUUUGGCUGCCUGAUUGCCAAUCGACCAGAUGGAAACAGCCAGCCAAUUACACCAAAAAUAUCAACACAGGAAAUGAAAAGCAAACCCUCACAAGGUGAUGCUUUUAACAGUCGAGUUCAGGACCUCAUCAGCUACGUGGUGAACAUUGGUCUGAUCGAUAAGCUUUGUGGCUGCUUCCUCUCGGUGCAAGGCCCAGUGGAUGAGAAUCCCAAAAUGGCCACAUUUCUGCAGCAUGCCGCAGGGCUCUUACACGGAAUGUGCACGCUGUGCUUUGCGGUCACCGGAAGGUCACACAGCAUAUUUGACAAUAAUCGCCAAGAUCCCACAGGACUGACAGCUGCUCUUCAGGCCACAGACCUGGCUGGAGUUCUGCAUAUGCUCUACUGUGUCCUCUUCCAUGGCACAAUCUCGGACCCCGGCACUUCUAGUCCCAAGGAGAGUUACGCUCAGAACACAGUCCAAGUGGCCAUUCAGAGUUUACGUUUCUUCAACAGCUUUGCAGCUCUUGAUCUGCCUGCUUUUCAGUCUAUUGUAGGGGCAGAGGGCUUGUCCCUUGCAUUCCGGCACAUCGCCAGCUCCCUACUGGGCCACUGCAGCCACGUCUCCUGUGAAAGCCUCCUUCAUGAGGUCAUCGUCUGUGUGGGCUACUUCACUGUCAACCACCCAGAUAACCAGGUCAUCGUGCAGUCCGGCCGCCACCCGACGGUGCUGCAGAAGCUUUGCCAGUUGCCCUUCCAGUAUUUCAGUGACCCACGGCUGAUCAAAUGGCUGUUCCCUUCACUUAUCGCUGCUUGUUACAACAAUCUUCAGAACAAGAUCAUUCUGGAGCAGGAGAUGAGCUGUGUUCUCCUGGCCACGUUCAUUCAGGAUUUUGCACAGACUCCAGGUCAGGCAGAUACUCAGUCUUAUCAGCCCAAAGGAAAAUGUCUUGGUUCCCAAGACUAUCUUGAGCUGGCUAACAGAUUUCCUCAGCAGGCCUGGGAAGAAGCUCGACAGUUUUUCUUAAAAAAAGAGAAAAAAUAAAUGUUUUGGUUGGUUGUAUAUUUGAGUACCCUCAUUAAUAUUUUAAAUUGAUCAAACAUUCUAACUGUUCCUUAAGAAGUUCAUUUUCACAUGUUUAUACUCUGUAGAUAUGGUAUAUACUUUGCACUAUUUAUAAAGACUGUAGAUACUUUAAUGUUCUUUCUAAUUCUGCAAGUUGAGUUUAUUUCAUUUAUGCACAAUAUUUUGGAGUCUGGUAACUUACAUCCUAUGAUAAUAUAUUCUUUGCAUUUGUAAUGUGGGUAAAAUUAGACAUAAAAUUAGCAAGUCUGUUUUGUUCUUGUAAUAAAAUAACUUAUUCUGUUUGCAAUGAUGACUUUUCUUGUUAAAGCAAUACAAAUUUGAAAGAAAAACGUUAAUUCCAACUCCGGAAGUAUCUUAAUUAAAGACUUACUAAAAGAUAACCUGCUCUAAAUUUCCCUUUUAUAGGUUUGAGUGAAAGAUGUUUAUAUAACAGUUUUACAUUCUAAUUACAUAAUAUGUUUUGGGGGCUAUUUGAAAUGAAUUUAAAGCAUUAUAUUCGUUGGUCUGCUUAAAGUUUCCUAGCGGCCAAUACUGAGAGUCUCCUAUAGAAAUAGCAUCGCUGAACUGAAAUUCUCCAGAAUAAAAAUUAGGGAUCCAAAAAGAUCAACCAUAGUGAAUCACCCUAAAGUAUUUUCUCAAAUAACUGCAAUGAAAACCGAAGUAAAAAUAAAACAGACGGUCACAAGGGCUCUGAAUUUAAGUUUUCAACUCCUGUGCACGCCUCACAGCUGAACGGGAGGAGUGUCUGCCAGGAGAUGUUGACCUUUUCAUAUCUUGUUCUCAUCGUUUCUCCACCUUAAGCCAACGGUCAGUGCUAAGCCGGUCACUGAGUGACAUUGGUAAUAAUUUCUGUCAGAUAAGGAUCAAACAUUACCAAGAAAAAAGAUCUGGUCGGGGGAAAAAAAUGGUUUUAAUACGUAUCAGAUUCAAGACUGGGGGCGGAGGGGACUGGAAAAUACAGAAGUUUCAUCGGAUUGUUGAAAGCAAACUUAGCUACCUAAUGUUCAGGACACUUGUUUUGGAGCCUCACAAGGCUGCCGAGUUUUGUAUAUGCUGUUUUUACUCCUUUGCAAAUAGAAAAUAAAGAGAUCCAA